CAACUGAUCUCUCUUCUCUCAUCAUCUUCUUCUUCCUCCUCUUCUGUAAGCUUUGAGAAGAGGCCAAAUGAAAAUGGGCAAUGAGCAGAACAAAAAGCAUAUUUCUGUGAUCCCCAAUUCCCCAUCAUCUCACUUGUCCCAAAUCUUCCAUUUUCUCUUCUUACUCAUUGGCUUCUCCUUCGGAAUCGCCAUCAGUCUGAACAUCAAGAGCUUCUCAUCAUUCACUUUCCACCUCCGUAACUUCUCCCUCCUCACACAACCGCCACCUCCACCACUUCAACUUCAACCGCCGCCGCCGCCGGUUGACUGCAAAACAAAUUGCUUUAUCGACCCGAAUGUAGAGCCACCUCUGAUGCACACAAUGAAUGAUGAUGAAGUGUUCUGGAGAGCUUCCAUGGUUCCGCUGAUCAAAGAGUUCCCAUAUGAACGUGUGCCAAAAGUUGCAUUCAUGUUUUUGGUGAAGGGGGCGUUGCCUCUGGCUCCUCUGUGGGAGAUGUUCUUCAAAGGCCAUCAACCGCUGUUUUCCAUUUAUGUUCACACUCAUCCCUCCUAUAAUGUUUCUUCUUCGCUGCCUCUGAGCUCUGUCUUCCACGGAAGACGGAUCCCAAGCCAGGCAGUGGAAUGGGGAAGGCCGUCGAUGAUCCACGCGGAGCGCCGCCUUCUGGCAAACGCCCUUCUCGAUUUCUCCAACCAAAGAUUCGUUUUACUCUCCGAAAGCUGCAUCCCUCUCUACAAUUUCACCACCAUCUACAAUUACCUCAUCAACUCCGAAUACUCCUUCGUCUCUUCCUACGACGAUCCCAGAAAAAUCGGCCGCGGCCGUUACAACCGCCGUAUGUUCCCGGCCGUCACCCUCGCCGACUGGCGGAAGGGCUCCCAGUGGUUCGAGGCCGACCGGGCGGCGGCGCUGGACAUCGCCUCCGACAGAACCUAUUACCCAGUUUUCCGGGACCACUGCGCGCCGCCGUGUUACACGGACGAGCACUACAUUCCCACGCUCCUCAAUAUUGUUUCGCCGGACCGGAGUUCGAACCGGAGCAUUACCUGGGUAGAUUGGUCCAAGAAUGGCCCGCAUCCCGGCAGAUUCGGGAGGCGCCAGGUUUCGGUCGAGUUGUUGAACCGGAUCCGGUUUGGUUUUAACUGUACUUAUAAUGAUGCGAACGACACCGUUUCUCUCUGCUUUCUGUUCGCCCGGAAGUUUAUGCCGGAUUCUCUCCAGCCUCUGCUCAAGAUUUGGACCUCUCUGUUGCAAGGUCUGCUUUAAAUCACAAAUAAUUAAUAUACCAUUUAAUAAAUUCGGAUUUUUUAAACUUUUUACUUAUAUAUACAAAAUUUAGAUUAAUGUAAUAUGUAU